GUGUUCAGUUGUCAUUUUUGUGACUGUGGAUUGAGGUUAGACUGUGGAAAUAAAUUAACAAAGUUGUAGUAAAUUUAAUGACUGUUUUUUUAAUUAUUGCAUAAAUUUAAAGUAAUUUAAAUGGAUGUGUUUAACAAGUUUUAUUCUACUGUGUCAACGACUGUCUCCCAACUCCAGGGAGUGUUGCCUGGCAACCCGGUCACCAGAGAGUAUGAGGUGAUUGCUCACAUCGCCAGCGCUGGCUCAGGCCUUCACUGGAAGAUUUACAGCGGAUACAAAAAGUCUACGAGACAAGAAGCGAGCAUAUUUGUUUUUGAGAAGCGACAGUUGGACCGAUGGACCAAGCAGGAUAGAGAAGACAUCCUUAGUUCUCUGAAGAGAGGAGCAUCACAACUGACCAGGCUUAGACAUCCGCAGAUUCUGGUUGUACACCAUCCUUGCGAAGAGUCCAGAGACAGUUUAGCUUUUGCUACGGAGCCAGUCUUUGCCAGCUUGGCAAACAUCCUCGGCAAACUGGAGAAUACUCCGACACCGCCAAGUCCGCAGUUGAAAAACUACAAACUGUUUGAAGUGGAAAUCAAGUACGGACUGUUGCAAGUAGGAGAGGGGCUUGCAUUUUUGCACAACGAUGCGAAAAUUCUGCACCACAACCUGACGCCGGAAAACAUUGUUGUGAACCAACAAGGCGCCUGGAAAAUCUUUGGUUUCGAUUUUUGCAUUUUGAAUUCUCAACCUGCUGCGGCUACUCCUGUUUGGCUGUGGCAGCAGUACAAGCCAGAUGUUCAUCCAUUGGCGCAGCCAGAACUGGACUAUCUCGCCCCAGAGGUAGCCCUGACGGAAAGUAACGGAGCAGCGAGUGACAUGUUCAGCCUGGGAGCUGUCAUCACAGCGUUGUACAACGACGGCCAACCUCUGCUGACUGCCAACAAAGACUGGAUGUCUUAUAAGCGAAACAUCAAUGAGCUGAAGCAGCUACCAUUGUCCAAACUGAUGUGUGUAGCUGAAGGUUUGAGAGACAUGGUGAGACUAAUGCUUAAUGUCAAGCCCGAGUUGAGACCAGACGAACACGAGUUUCUUAAGAUAGACUUCUUCAAUGACGUGGGGGUAAAAACUCUGAACUACUUGGACUCUUUGUUCCAGUGGGAUAACCUGCAAAAGUCUCAGUUUUAUAAGGGACUUCCCGAAAUAAUUGAGAAACUACCACAUAGAGUGUGUCUGUUCAGAGUUAUUCCUUGUUUGGUGAAGGAAUUUGUGAACCCAACGAUGGUUCCGUUCGUUCUGCCCAAUGUUUUGCUCAUCUCGGAGAAUUGUUCCAAAGAGGAGUUUUCUCAACUUAUUCUUCCCCACCUUAAGCCUGUCAUGAAAAUGACAGAUCCGAUUCAGAUCCUGCUGAUCUUCAUGCAGAAGAUGGAGUUGCUUCUGAAGCUAUGUCCACCAGAAGAGGUGAAGUCUGAUGUAUUGCCGAUGUUGUAUCGAGCGCUGGAAGCGGAUGCUCAGCAAAUUCAAGAACUCUGCCUGUCUGUGCUACCCAACUACGCGACACUCAUCGAGUACCCGUCGAUGAAGAACGCGCUGCUGCCCAGAAUCAAGCGGCUUUGCAUAUCAACUUCUUUCAUAUCGGUUAGGGUCAACUGUCUCGUGUGUGUUGGUAAGCUGUUGGAACACCUGGACAAGUGGCUUGUACUGGACGAAGUGUUACCGUUCCUGCCUCAGAUACCCUCUCGAGAACCAGCCGUCCUCAUGGGAAUACUUGGUAUUUACAAACUGGUCUUGAACCACAAGAAGUUUGUAAUGACCAAAGAGGUGAUGGCAACCAAGGUGAUUCCGUUCCUGAUGCCGCUCAGUAUAGAGAACGCCCUCACGCUGAACCAGUUCAACGCUAUCAUCGCAGUCAUCAAGGAGAUGGUCAACCGUGUGGAGGCCGAGCAGAAGGUCAAACUGGAACAGCUCAAUUCUAUACAGAACGAGCAAAAGGACAUGGAUAUGAACAUGAAGACCUUCAACUCAGCCCCUCCCACACAGUCAGAGUUUGAGGAGAUUCUCGGCAUGAAGCCGAGCAUACCUAAACCAACUCCCACUCUCAAUUCAGAUCUGUCCACCUUAACUCAGCCCAAAGGUUUGACUCUGCAGGAUAAACAGGGGUACGUUGAGAGACAAGAGGUAGCCAGAAGGUUACAACAGGAGCCAGUGCUGAACCCAACCUCCGUCACACCCCGUGCUCCACCCCCCGUCAAGGAUCUCACCAUGUCACUCAUGGAGAACAACUUGAAGCAGAUCUCACUGGCGCCUGCCCCCACCAACCCCGCUCAGGGGUGGUCUAUGCCAGUCGCCCCCGCUGUAGCACCUGUUGCCCCCGCUGCACCUGUACCACCUGCCAACGCAUGGACCAAUCAGAGUUGGAACCCCCCGGCAGCCGCCCCCGCGUGGCAGGCUCCCCCCGCUCUACAAGCUCCCCCUCGACAAGCUCCCCCCGCUCAGUUUCGCCCCACCUUCCCUGCUCCACAGUUCCAACUGGCCAACAAGGUUCCGAUGAACAGCAUGGCCCCGCAGUCUUUUCCGAUGAUGAACGGAAUGAAACCCGCUCAACCUACCAAGCAACUCUCUGCUACAGAAAUCAACGAUUUCCUCAGUUAAUAUUUUAUAAAAAAUUAUAAACACUGGUUUUGUUCGAUUACGUGGAGUGUCGUGUUAUGAUGGAUGCUAGUAACGGAUUGGUUCGUGUUGUGUAACAUUUCAUUCCUGUUAACCAAAAUGUUGAUACAUAGUGUUUUUGUAUGUAUAUAAGAGCUAGUCUUUUUCUGGUCACUGUGCUUUUGUAGAGCAUAAAUGCUGCUUUUGCACUGAGACAUGUCGCUGUAUAAUUUUUGAACUUUGCCAUAGUAAUAUUUUGCUGAAUUAAACAUUUACCUAGAUAUUUUAGCACAUUCUAUAGGUUUGAAAUUGGCAAUUACAACUUAAA